UUUUUUCCCUUUAGCCGCUUUCCCCUCUUCCGGGCCGCGCCGCCGUGACUGCUGUGCCGGCAGCCCAGUGAGAGCGGGCGAGGCGGGGCCGCCGCCGCCGCCCGCCCCCCGCCGCCGCCUCAGCGCCAGCCCGCGCCGCCCGCACACACCCACCGCCCGGCUCCGCAUCCCGCUGCCGCGCCGCGCCGCGCCGCGCCUCGCCUCCCAGCAUGGUCAUCAAGGUCUACAUCGCCUCGUCCUCCGGCUCCACGGCGAUUAAAAAGCAGCAACAAGAUGUAUUAGGUUUCUUGGAAGCCAACAAAAUUGAAUUUGAGGAGAAGGAUAUCGCAGCCAACGAGGAGAACCGGAAAUGGAUGCGGGAGAACGUCCCCGAGGACAGCCGGCCGGCGAGCGGGAACCCCCUGCCGCCCCGACUCUUCAACGACUGCCGGUACCUCGGGGAUUACGAAGCUUUCUUUGAAGCCCGAGAGAACAACGCAGUGUAUGCGUUUUUAGGCUUGACUGCGCCACCUGGUUCAAAGGAAGCCGAAGCACUGGCAAAGCAGCAAGCGUGAAUUUCAACUGCCUUAAAUGCUCUGUAAAGGGAAUUUCCACAGCUUUUUAUAAAAUAGUAAAAUUGUCUCUGCUUCAAGAAAAAUAGAUGUGAUUUCUAACAUUUGAUUGGUGCUUGCAGCAUUCACAGUACAUUAAUACAAAUCUGAACACAAAGCGAAAACGUGAACAUAAAGGUAGAAAGCAUGGAGUGUGUUAUUACAAAGUUGGAAGCAUAGGAAAUUGAAGCAAUUAGACAUGAUUGAUUUUUCAAAUAGUUUAAACUGUCUUGGCAUUUUGUCCAUUUUGUGUAAACUUAAAGAAACUAUUUUAGUACUAUUAAUGCAGAUGUGGUUAUACCUAGAUAUCCAACUAUUUAAAAAUAUGGAAAACAAGCAACAACAUUAAACCUUAUCAGAUACUAACUUUAGUGCCUGAGUUGCCUCAAAAAUAUUACUGAAAUACACAGUAAUUUUUCAGUGUCUUUUUAGAUUCUGGUUUAAGCUGAAAUUGUAGGUGGUGAUGUGUAGUAUAAUAACCAUUGUAAUCACUUUUGGAAUUGUUGUUUGUUCUUUUGUAGAAUGGAUAUUUAAAAUUGUAUUGUAGCACACUGUACAGAUGACAAAAAAAAUGCCAUGUAUUUCUCAUUUAAGUGAUCUAUGUGGGCUCUUCCUACAAAGAAAAAGGGAUUUGGGCAAUGGACGGCCUUUCCAUUGGUAAGCUGACCACAUAGCUGCCUAGGCACAACUUUUUGCAUGUUUGUGCGCAAGACUUGGUGCACCUCAGUGAAAUACACGCUAAUUCCCAGGCAACGUUGCAAAUAAGCCAAAAUGGCCAGAAAUGGCAUUUCCUUACCAGUGUAAGGGUGAAAGCCUUUAAUGUAAUUCUUUACAAAAAUACCAGUUCACACUGCUUAUAGUGUUAGAUAUCUCAGUGCAUGUCCAGGUAGUAAUUAGUUGCAUAUAGUAUUUUUUCAAAUGAGGAAGUGAAAUGUUUGAAUAGCAAGAACUAUUGUAAUUAAGCAGGGUUUUUUUUUUUUUAAGGUUUAAAAACUUAUUUCUAUCUAUUGCCAUAUCAUGAAGCUAUGACAGGAAUUGCAAACCUAUUAAAAGUGUCUUGUAUUGGUGAAUUUACCAUGUGCAAUAUUAGCCUGUCCAUUCUCCCAGUGCUCAUCAGAUAGCUUUUUUGGCCAUAUUCUGCAAAAAUAUAAAUAACUAGAAGUGCCCUGAACUGUAGGAAAUGUGUGGGUAAUUUAAAGUGCAUUUUGCACCACAUAAGGUACUUAUUCCCCCAAAGCAACAAAGGACUGUGAGAAAGAUGAUUAGUCCUCCGGAGAGGAUCACUCUGAUAGCUCUGCACACACACAUUUUAAUUUGCUUUGCUUUAUGAAGGUAGAGAAACGGGUGGUAUAGCUCUGCAAAAGGCUGCAGCAUAUCAUCACCAUGCAGUUACUUUCACUGAUGCAGUAAAGCAGUGCUUUUAAAAUACUUUCUAAAACAGUUUACAGCUUACAGUUUUAAAGUCUGAAAUUAGGAACAGGACAAAAGUAAAAAUGUAUGUUUACAAAGACCCUCUAAAGUGCAGUAAUUCAAUACUUCUCUCACCAACAUUUGUUUAGAACUUUUGUUCCAUUCACUGAAACUAAUGUUUUUGUCAAUGUCCAUUAAAAGAGAAAUGCAGCUACUUGCUCUUGGUUGGAGAAAGUUCUUCUAGAGAAGAUCAUGAUGAAACUUCCACAGAUAUGAGAGUGAGCAGGAUCUAGUGUGGAGCCAAGGUAGUUAAACUUUUUUUUUUUUUUGGUCAUGUUUUAUUUUUUCCGAUUCAGGGGCCUGGGAGUAAGUGUUUGAAACUUGUGCUUAUAAAAGCAAGCACAGCAUCAUAAUAGCUAGGGGUAAAUUAAUGUUGCCUCAUCUUCAAGAUUAACACACACACAUUUGUGCUUUCUUAUUAACAGGCUUUAUCAGUAAUUGCUGAAAUUUUGUGGAAUUUGUUUUUAGGAUCUUUUAGGAGUAGAAGGUGGGUUAAAUUUUACAUCCAGUGUCUGAUUUUAAUCAUUCACUGUGAUUGCAUCAUUCUAAAGUGAGGUGAGCUUGCUUUCUUAAUGCUGGCAUAAUCUUUCUCUUUGUCUAAACCUGGUCAUGUUUUUGAGAAAGUAAGAAAGGAUACUAGGUGAAGUUCUGUGAAGAAAGUGGAAUUUGACACACAAGUCACGAUACUCAUGCUUAUUUGCUGCGUUUCCUGUUUAGGGAAAGUAUGGCAUAAGUUUUGUGCAUUACAGUCAUUAUUUUGGAGAAGCUAUAAUUGAAAGUGACUGCCAAAUUCUGUCAGUUCAGUGACCCAAAAUAGUCUGAAAAAAGGUCAAUCUCUAUUUCUGACAGUCAAGAAAAUUGCCAAGUUUUAGAAAGCAGAGUCGGUUCCCUCAUCUAGUCCCCCCAUCCUUGCCAUAUGGUAGCAUUCAAACGGUAUCUGCAUUCCUAAGAAAGCUCUGUCGAGACAGACUGAAUUAUUUCUUUGUCCGGGGAACAAGGCACCAACUCAGACUGAAAAAUACCUAAAAUCUUUCUGUUGUGGGCUGUGUGUAAAACUUGUAUUUGUUUUGAUGAAGACCUUUUGCCUGAACUAGAAGUGGUAGGGAUGUGUUCCCUAUAGGCUACUUCUCUGGUUCACAUACCUGUUCUUAGGUUAAUGAUGGGUACAACAACUGAAUUUGUUCAUUUCUUUCUUGAACUCUAUAUUUUUCCUAUGUAGAAGGCAGGCAAUAAGUAUUUAAACUGUAUGUUAACCAUUCCUGAAUCAUUCCAAUAAAAUUGUUUCAGAAUGCUUUCUCACACUCUUGACUCUUUUACAUGAUAUCUUCAUGGUUUUAAGUGGCCCCAUAAGUUGAAAAAAGUGCAGGUUUCUAGUGAAAAUAAUGAUUAAAAAAAAUACCAGGAUCUAUAUAAUAAAGUGAAUAUAAUGCAUGAGUUUUCCAUCCACUACUGCAUGUUAAAUUUAUUUUCUCUCUCACCUGUGACAGCUAAGGAGUUUUAAUUAUUUAGGAAACAUCUACACAAAAUAAUAUCUUCGGGGUUUUUUGAGUUUUUGGGAGAGUUUUCAAUACACUUCCUAAUUAACCUGCUUCCCUGCUCCUCCCCCAAGGCACUUAUCAGGUCAAAGUGGACAGGGCAAAUCAACUUCACCCCAUGCUUGUAAAGCGGCCAAGCAGCCCGAGCUGCUUUUUUUCACAAUGUGUAAUUAAUUAGCUUUAUGCUGCUCCCAGCAGGGGGGCUGUGUUAUUUAAUAUCUACGUUGCCAGAGAGGGCAGUGUUAGGUAUCUAUUUAAACUAAAGCUAUUCAUUUUUACCUUCUCUGUUUGCCUGGUAGACCCAGCAGGUACAUUCUUUUAAGAGUCCACGUGUUUUACAUACCAAAGUAUUACACCACCGAGAAGUGCUAUAAAAGAUAUAUUUUUCAACCCCUAAACUGUACUAGGAUUUGCCCAAAUCCCAGACUUGUAUUCAGAUGCUCUUAAGGAAACCGAUCACUUAAUUUUUAGAGUGGUUUGUUAGAAGGGAGCUUACUUGCUUUCUAUUUAUAGAGUCAACUUUUUUCUGUAUCUAAACAAAAGCACAACUGAGAGCGAUCAGUUAUCCUCAUGUCUUUAAGUAGUGUUUAUUGCUUGUCUUUCACUCUUGCUCUCCAGCAUUAUUUAGUGUCUUAAAAAAUGGUCGACAAUGUAAGUUAGGGAAAACAGCUUCUGAGGCUGUUUCUAAUUAUAAGGAAUCCCAUUUACUUUCACUGUAUAUACACUUCACUUGUAUAACCUGAAUAAAUCUCUUGCUUUCUUGUCUGUUUAUAAAAGUCUUAAAAAACAAGUAAUUGUUAUUCAUUAAUGUAAAGCUCAAUAUAAAUCAGUUUCAAAAAUCUGUUUAAAAACAAAAUGCAUGUCUGCGUAUGUUUACUUAACUUGCUGUUUCAGGUUAUGAUAGUGUGCACUGUAAUAAUAAACUUUUCUACCAAUGAA